AUGAAGGCUUCAGUGAAGAUCCGCGACGAGCAGCAUCACCAGAACCCAUUCCUCCGAGCAAAGAUCCCAAUAAGCAUCUUCGGUCUACCCUUCACCUCCGCCGUCACUGCUGGAGACCCAUCAGACCUCAGCUUCAGCCUUCGCACCAGCUCCUCUUCUGGUCCUUCUCUCAGGCUCUUCUACAACCCCAACACCACCACCACCAACCCUUUCUCCCUCACCCUCAAGUCUGGUGUCGGCCUUUUCGGUUCUCCCAACAACUCCCCUCUCAUCAUGUCCGCCCAUUUUAAUCUCCUCGGAAACCCUAACCCUACUUUCUCCCUCCAAAUCAACCCUCAAUUCGGCGAUUUUUCUCUCAAGAAAACAACUCUCUCUGCUUCUAGUUCUACAUCUAUUAACACCAACGAUAAUUCUAAGGAGAAUGGGGGAACCCAUAUCAAUGGAUUGGCUUGGAGAGACUUGAGUGAAUUUCAUGCCCGCCCAGAUGGGUUUUUGUCUGGGGUUGCAGUGAUGGCGAAGACGGUUUUGCCGGUGACCAAACGGGCUGUGGUUAGAUUCCGGUGGGGUGUGAAUUUUCCCUCUGAUUUUGGCGGGAAGAAGUGGCCCUUUUUGACCUUUGAUAAGGUUGGGAUUGAGAGGGUUGAGCAGGAGCAGGAAGUAAAGUCCAAGAGCAGUGUUAGUAGUGAUUUGGGUGAUUUGGAGAUGUUGAAGGGUAUGUGUUUGUGGAUGGGUAGAGAAGUGGAGGUUUUGCAGAAGGAGAAUAGAGAGAUGAGGGACAUCUUCGAAGAGAUUAGGAGAUCAGGGGUUUCUUUGAGGAAUUAUCACAGGGAAAGUGAUCGUCCUGGGAAGAAGAAUCAUUUGACGUCUCCAGUUGAAAGUUCUAACGAGUUUGAGAGGUGGAGGAAUAAGAGGAACGGCAAUGGAGAAGAAAAUGGUCGGAGAGAAAUGAAGAAAUCCAGUGGUUCAGAAAGUCCUGUAGCCAAUGACGUUGGGGAGGAAUUGAAGAGGGCAAUCAAGGCUGCAUCCUCUUAG